AUAUAACGAUACAUGACGACAUCCAUACAAGACUUGAGAAGCAAGUUGGAUACUCUCCUACACAGUCACAAUUUCAACUUAAAUUAAAUUGAAACUUCAAAUCUUGAUACUACGAUGAGUACCGAGUUGAUACCAACGUCGUAUUUGACUACGACGGUCUUGAUGUGCGUCAUAGGCUACCUCGUAGUUAAAUUCCUACGUCGUAAGCGAUACAAGCUUCCGCCUGGUCCUAAAGGUUUGCCGAUCCUCGGAUCCUACCUGACCCUUACAUCAGGAAAGUAUGACCAGCGAGAACUUCUGAACAAGUGGGCCAAAGAAUAUGGGGAUAUUUACAUGUUCAGCCUAUUUGGUUCCCGAUUUGUCAUUCUGAACAGCUACGAGCUUGUUAAGGAGGCGUUCCAGAGUGCAGACUUCAACGAUCGAGCCCCUAUUCUACCGUGCAACAGAGCUCUAAAUAGGCCCAAUACAGGGCUUGGCUUAAUCUCAGCAAGUGAAGGCCAUCAAUGGAAAGAACAACGCAACUUUGUGUCAGCAAAUCUCCGGAAUGUAAGACAAAGUAACAACAAUUUUGAAGAUCUGGUUGCAGCUCAGGGAGAGAAACUCAUCAAGAAAUUCACCAAUCAAGGAGACUCCUUCUUCGACCCAGUCACCGAUAUCUACGUCACAGUCUCCAACGUCACCACCAAGAUUGUCUUCGGGAAGACCUACAAUUAUGAUGAUGAGGAGUUCAUCGACAUGACCAGAAAAGUCAAGGGGGUCUUUGACUGGAUGGGUCCGGGGUCGUUCUUCUACCAUGUUCCGUUCCUGGCCUACUUGCCGAUGAAGAUCAACAAACUGGGAGACACCGCUGUCAAAGGUAUGUUCGACUUCCUGGAGAAGGAAGUGCAUAGACAUCGUCAAUCCUACCACCCUAGAGAUGAGCCGAAAGAUUUAAUAGAAUCCUUCUUCCAGGAACAGGCGAAGAAAAAAGCAAAGGCUGAUGGCGUUGGGUCUUUUACUGAUGAAUGCCUGAAGCAGUUAUUAUGGGACCUGCUGAUGGGAGGGGUCGAAACGGUUUCUAACAGUCUCUCUUGGUAUUUUCUUUUCAUGGCCCAAUAUCCAGAUGCACAGGCCAAAGUCCAAGCUGAGCUCGACGAGGUUGUUGGUCGUGAUCGCCUCCCAUCUCUCUCCGACCGCAAGAGUCUCCCAAUCACAGAAUCAACCAGUGUGGAGUGCUAUCGCUUCUGCCGCCUCCUAAAUGUUCAAAUACCACACCGCACUCGCUGCGACAAGAAGCUUGGAGGCUACGACAUCCCGAAAGGAACGAACGUCGGUACAAACUCUGGCUGGUUGUCGUCAUCACCUUCUCUUUGGAAGAGAUGCGAUGAGUUUGUUCCUGAUAGGUUUAUCGACAAGGACACUGGAUUGUUUGAUAGCAAAUUGGAAGCUGGGUUGGCUGAAUUUGGAUUUGGUCGGCGAUUGUGCCCAGGGGAACAGUUAGCUCGUACACAAUUGUUUGUGAUCUUCACUUACAUCCUCCAUCGUUUUACCUUGCGUCUUCCCGAGGGUACGCCUAUAUCCCGGGAUGGAAUCGACAGUCUCACCCAUCACCCCAAGCCUUACAAGAUCAAGGCAAUUCCUCGACCAUAGACCAAAACAUUAAGGGGCUGUCACAUAAUAGACUAUAAAAUAGCACAAAACGUUUAGUGGCUGUCAUAUCAAGUUCUUUCAUUAAAUGCAUCCCUUGGACGUUUCACCCAGCGUUUGCAGAUCGACGUAUGCAUGACAUUUUCCCAUUUGAUUAAAUUUUGUGAUAUCAAGAACUUCCAUUUGUUAAGAAUACAAAAUGUUUUCUUGACAUCAAAUUAUUUCUUGGUCACAAAAAUUGAAUUGUUAGAUAUUAAAAUGGAACUCUUUAUCAUGAAAUCAUCAAAAAAUGGCUUGCCAUACAAACAUUGGUACCGCUAUCAAACUAGUGGCAAGUGUAGAGGACCACAUCCUGGUUAAAUGACACCCGAGAGAUUGAACAUGAUACCAAAGAGUGUAGGAGACUAGUACAUUUGGUCAGUGGUGGAUGGCAUUUGAUUGAUUGAUUUGGAUUUUUACCUGAUUGCUAAGAAAGCAUGAAUGCUUGUAAGCAAGCAACCAGAGGACCGACGGCUUAAGGUCCUCUCCGAAAUGGCAAAAUGUGCUCCCCUCCCCGCAUUGGAAAAUCCUGGACCCGCCCCUGCCUUUGGUUGUUACCUUUACAAUCGGUAUUGCACACAUAACAUAACAAAAUUGAACACAGCAGUUAAAUGGCUGGAGUGGUCCUCUAUAUACAUCAAUACCAGGGGCCCCCGUUUCAUAACACUUGCUAUAAUAUAUUUACCAAAUUUGAAAUAACAGUUAAAAGCUACUGAAAUCCUUCAAUCUUGGCUAAUAACAUUUUUGUUACAGAAAUUGUGCCUUUGUUAUAUUAAAGCUAAAUGAACGUAGUUGCAGUAAAACACUGAUUUCGUGAGAAAGUCUGUAAAACCAAGGUAAAGUAUUGAUAUAUCAUCGUGGAUCUAGAUUUGGUACAGUUACAUAAACUGAACUUUGUGAAAUCAUAAUAUCUAGCUAAAAAACGAUCACACUGAAGAUCGCCAACACAGAUAGGUACACGUGGGACAGUGUAUUAUUAUUGCUGGAAUAAAGACCAGACGGAAGUGACCGAAUCCGCGCUUAUUUUGCUUAUUUCUCAGCAAUUACACAAUUUCUUCCAGAAUCCUUUGGCACAUAUUUUUUAUUCAUACAAACAGACACUUUGGUGAUCAUUAUAUUAAAUUCUGUAAAAAGUCAUUUUGAGAUCGUUCCCACAACUGGAAUUUAUCUUUUAAAGGUCUUUAUGAAACCUGACCAAGAUUUUUGCUGUGUAGGUUACAUGUAUAUACGCUGGCUAUAACGUCCAGUUGUAGCAACUUCUUUUAAAUCCAUAUAGUCCGUGGGAAACACAAGAUAUCGUUGGUGGGCUAUUCAGAAAAAAUGUAUUUUACAGUUAUUACAACCCCGUAUUGUCUGAAAAUAGUCGCCCAACUCUUUUGAGGCGAAAAUAAGGUAGUAAAUAGUGUCAUAACUUGCGAGCCUUUUUCAGAACAGUCCUCAACAUUUUCAGGCCUUUGCAUACAAUGUGCGUGGUUUUGUCUGACCACUAUGAAGACUACAGCAACUUGCUUUUGAGAAUAUACAUGCAGACAUCCUGCUCCUAAAAUGAUUACUAAUGUCGAGCGAUAUGAUUCCUUAAAUAAUUAGAAAACUAUAAUUAACAUAUAACACGGUCACUUCCCAGUAAAAAAGGAAUGAAAGAGCGUAGCGACCGAGAACAAAAUUUGAUAAAUGAAACUUAACACAUGUACAUGUAUGUCGCACUUAUCUACACGGUAGGGCUAUAUCGGUUCUGGCUAUUAUCAGAGAUAUGUAUUAUUAGUAUCACUUAUCGUAGUAUCCAAAUAUGUAAAGAGGAUCAAAAGGCAUGCAUCGCAGUUUCUCUCCAUUUUCCAUUUAUUAAGCGUAUCAAUGUACUCUAUCCACUAAAUAUUAUUGUAUUUUUGCAUCAUAUUAUUACUUUUAAUUGUGGAUCCUUCUCAAAUUUGAUAAACGAAUGGUUUACAGUUAAAAUCCUAGCUCAGUGCAACCUUAAAUAUUCAAUAUUCCACUCUCUACGAAUGAAAAUUAAUGUAAUAUCGCACAUAUUUGUGAUAUAUUUCGUUAACAAAUAAUUAACAAUUCAAAUUAACAGCCGUUUUUACUCAUUCCCCUAUUUCAUAUCGCGAGAAUUGUCAGUGUUUUGUUUAUCCAGAAUUAUCCAUAAUGAUUAUCAGAUCAAAUCAAACCCAAAUCAUAUGACCACGGAAGCGUGUAUAAAAAUGUGUAUCCGUAUAUUUCAGCAAUAAGUGUAUCAUUUUAUCAUCAAUAUUGAGAUUUACGACAUUUCUCGAAUAGUCGAUUAGAGUAUUGUCGUUUUUUGCUUAAAUUUGUUUUUCUUUCUGAAUAAAUCACAAUUUAUCAUUGUAAUCAGUAAUUGGUUACUGUGAUAUUGCUCGUUAUUGUUCAUAC